CGCAACCCACCUACGCCAGCACGUGGUCGAAAUGAGAUAACCAGGAAAUGUGUGAUUUUAGACAAUUUUGCGUAAAAGUAAGACAAAUAGGAUGGCUGACCUCUUGACUGCCAGUGCUCAUAGGAAGAGAUUUGCCCCUCGUUGCUGUGACCCACCACUUCCUGUAACCUUAGAAACCAUCACUAAGCAACCAAACUGUUGGGGAAAAUGGCCUGUUUACACAGGCUACUUCCGUGAUGGUCAAGUCUAUGUUACGCACAGUGGCGACAUGGAGUGGCUGCAUAAAAUGGGAUUCUUUGGAAAAGGUGCAUUAUCGCGAAGUCAUCCUGAGCAUGGUAGAGCCAACUAUAGUCGGUACACCGGACAACGUCUUCCAAAGGUCAUCAGCAAACGAAGAUAUCUCCGCCAUCAGACAUGGCAACAGACGACUGACCUCCAAAAAGGUGACCUUGAACCUGGAAAGGUCAAGGAUACUGAUGCAGAAAAUCAACAAAGGAUAAAAAUGACUCGGAAAUGGUAUUCACCGUUGUCAGAGGAGCCAGAAUCGAAAAGACUUUGUAGGGAUACCUCAGGAACUCAUGAUAUUGGGGAGGGUGUAAAAAGUGGAAUCGUUGGUGAGUGGGCUCCAUCGGGGCAUGGUGAUGCUUGGACUCAGUCUUGGAUGAAAAUGGAUGUUGAUGAAGCUGUGUCUGCAACUGAUGCCUGGGGUGAUUUAGCCUCGAAGGAUGUAUGGGCAGAUCAGGAGGCUGAUGUGGACUUUUGGUGCUCGGAGCCUGCACCAGUUGGCAGUGCAGCAGAACUUAUGGCGGGUGGCAGCACAGUAGAACUAACGUCUGGUGUUGAUUUAGCAAAAACGCCACCCAGUGGAAGCAAUAAAGAAGGACAAUGGACAACUAUGAGCUCAGAAUCUGAAUCAAGAGUUGUCCAUUCACAGAGCAGAACAUUUUCUGAAGGUGAAGGUCGAAUUCAGACUCUUCAAGGUCACGUUGAGACAAGUCAAGGUCAUGGUCAUAAAGAGAUGCCUCAAACUUUUGAAAGUGAUAUUUCAGGAAUGGAUGCCUCGAAACCUGUCUCACCCCCUGCAGAGAACUUGCUUCAGACUGAAUCAGUGUCACCCUCUUCUGAGGGAACAUCUCCUGCUGGACCUGUGGUGCCACCUAUUGAACAAAUAGCAACAGAAUCCGAAGUUGAAUAUGAGGAGGCGUCCGUGGUAGAUGAUCCGGACGGCGAUGUUUUGGUUGUUGACGACAGUGAGGGGGACGAGGAUGGCAGAGGUGACAAACUAGCAUGGCGGUUAUGCUCGAAGACAGACCCUUUUCCUGUCAAGGAGUACAGUCAGCUAACUCUUGAAGAGGCUUUUUUUCUGAUGUAUGGUUUGGGGUGUCUUCGUUUGCUGGACCAUGAUCAGAAACCAUUGACUAUCCCAGAGACCUGGGCAAGAUUCUGCGAGAUUCAACCGUCAUUUCUCCCUGGGUAUAUCGCCUACCACUACUACAGAAGUAAGGGGUGGGUGGCUAAGACCGGCCUGAAAUAUGGUGCAGACCUAUUGUUGUACAAACAAGGCCCAUCAUUCUACCAUUCCUCCUACUCUGUCCUCGUACGUCUAGUCGAUGAGGACACGCUGAAAGAAAUCCCAGAAUUCCCUCAGCGACCUUUGACCUGGGCGUCCCUCGCUGGCGUAGAUCGCGUCAUAGAACAUGUCGCCAAGUCUGUAUUAUAUUGCUACGUCAUAAAGCCACGGAGGGUGUCGACAGAAGCUAUGAUGUCACCAAAAUGUAUCCCAGAAUUCUCUGUGAAGGAGAUCUUACUCAAGAGGUGGGUUUCUUCACAGGAGCGAGAAGGAAAAGAGGAGGGUUAAUUGCCAACAUCAGCAGAUAUGAAGUGGAACCUCCCUUAGGAGACACCUCUGAUUAAGGACACCCUCUGUAAUAAGGACACUGCAGUUGGUCCCAGAUGGGUCAUUUCCAUUGCAUUUAGCUUCCGUCAUGAGGACACCUCUCAAUAAAGGACAUUAAUGGAGAGAUUCUACUGUUCUCCAGAGGAUACUGGAUACCAUGCCUCCGUUUGUAUCAGUCCCGUGACAGGCAGACCUGAAGCCGCAAUGCUGUAAUCAAAUACUCAAUGUAUUUCUCUCA